GCAAACUGUUCCUCUUGUGAUAAGGUGAACAUAGGUGAACAUGCUGAGACCGUCAACAACAAUUUUUCUUCCAGGGACCCAACGCACACUGGACAUGAAUAAUGUGGGGACUUGAGUGCUACAAAGAUACCAUCGUCUCUGUUUACCAAAGCUAAUUGACACCUCAAGUCGAAGCAACUCACACAGUGAAAAGAGAAAACUGUCUUCUAUACUGGAAUACAGUUGAUCUGUGAGAAAAUGUCCAAAAUGCACCAGAAAUUACAACCCCAUGAAUGCUUGCAGGAUGGACAUGCAAAUACUGUGCAGCGCCAACACACACCACAGAAGAUGCGGAUGCAAAAAUCAUCGGAAUCCGAGCAGCCUUUGUCAUGCCCAGGCCUGGUUUUUGCAAGGAUGGCAAAAUUAGAAGGAACGAGGCAGCCAAACUCAGGAUCCGACAGGACCUGUUCCAGAAAAGGUUUGAGGCCUACGAAGAGGCUUCCAGAUCUUGGUUCCAACAAGCAGAGGAGCUGAAGAAGCUUCCACGGCUGCGCGAAGAACUGAAGCGAGGCUUUGCGGUGGAUGGUGUUGUCCUUCGGUGCGAAGGCUUUUCCGACUACCGGGAUGCCUGGGCAUCUAUUCAGGAUGCCGUGUGGCAAAAGUGUCAAGCCAAAGAGCUGUGCUGCAGCGAAGCAAAGAAAUUGGCGCAACAGUGCCUGGACUUUUUGCAGCGGAUGGCCGAAGAAUGCCGAGAUGCUCAGAAGGUGCAGAAUCAGCAGCCAACGGAGGACUAUGUCAUGGAUGCACUGACGCAGACGAGCGCGGCAGUUUCCACAGUUGCCGUUGGCGGUUCGGAUUGUUCAGCUAGCACAAGGCUGAUGUACAUACCUGCUGCGUAGGGAUCGUAGGGGU